GCCGCGCGGAGCGCCCCUUCUCGCACCCUGCACCAUGAGCUGGGGCACCGAGCUCUGGGAUCAGUUUGACAACUUAGAAAAACACACACAGUGGGGAAUUGAUAUUCUUGAGAAAUACAUCAAAUUUGUAAAGGAAAGGACAGAGAUUGAACUCAGCUAUGCGAAACAACUCAGGAAUCUUUCGAAGAAAUACCAACCUAAAAAGAACUCGAAGGAGGAAGAAGAGUACAAGUACACGUCAUGUAAAGCUUUCCUUUCCACCCUGAACGAAAUGAACGAUUACGCUGGGCAGCAUGAAGUUAUCUCUGAGAACAUGACCUCACAGAUCAUCGCGGACUUAGCACGCUAUGUUCAGGAACUGAAGCAGGAGAGGAAAUCGAACUUUCAUGAUGGACGUAAAGCACAGCAGCACAUAGAAACUUGCUGGAAGCAACUCGAAUCAAGUAAAAGACGAUUUGAGAGGGACUGCAAAGAGGCUGACAGGGCACAGCAGUACUUUGAGAAAAUGGACGCGGACAUCAAUGUUACGAAAGCAGAUGUGGAAAAGGCAAGACAACAAGCUCAAAUACGUCACCAAAUGGCAGAGGACAGCAAAGCAGACUACUCAUCGAUUCUCCAGAAAUUCAACCACGAGCAGCAUGAGUAUUACCACACUCACAUACCUAACAUCUUUCAGAAAAUACAAGAGAUGGAGGAAAGGAGGAUCGUGAGAAUGGGAGAGUCAAUGAAGACAUAUGCAGAGGUCGAUCGGCAGGUGAUCCCAAUCAUUGGGAAGUGCUUGGAUGGAAUAGUAAAGGCCGCUGAAUCAAUCGAUCAGAACAACGAUUCACAGCUGGUAAUAGAAGCUUAUAAAUCUGGGUUUGAGCCUCCUGGAGACAUUGAAUUCGAGGAUUACACUCAACCAAUGAAGCGCACUGUGUCAGAUAACAGCCUUUCAAAUUCUAAAGGAGAAGGCAAACCAGAGCUCAAAUUUGGUGGCAAAUCCAAAGGAAAGUUAUGGCCGUUCAUCAAAAAAAAUAAGCUUGUGUCCCUUUUAACAUCCCCCCAUCAGCCUCCCCCUCCUCCCCCUGCCUCUGCCUCACCCUCUGCUGUUCCCAACGGCCCCCAGUCUCCCAAGCAGCAAAAGGAACCCCUCUCCCAUCGCUUCAACGAGUUCAUGACCUCCAAACCCAAAAUCCACUGCUUCAGGAGCCUAAAGCGUGGGACUCAGUCUUUCUGUUUUCACAAAGAACUCAUGAAGAGGACUAUAGGGAAACCCACGUAUGCCUUUGAGGCUAGGGACUAUGUUCUUUCUCUCAAGCUGGGUGCAACGCCAGAGGAUUUUAGCAACCUCCCACCUGAGCAAAGGAGGAAAAAGCUACAACAGAAAGUCGAUGAAUUAAAUAAAGAAAUUCAAAAGGAGGUGGAUCAAAGAGAUGCCAUAACAAAAAUGAAAGAUGUCUACCUAAAGAAUCCUCAGAUGGGAGACCCAGCCAGUUUGGAUCACAAAUUAACAGAAGUCAGCCAAAACAUAGAAAAACUGCGACUAGAGGUCCAGAAAUUUGAGGCCUGGCUGGCUGAGGUUGAAGGCAGACUCCCAGCGCGGAGCGAGCAGGCCCGCCGACAGAGUGGGAUGUACGACAGCCAGAACCCGCCGACAGUCAACAACUGCGCUCAGGACCGGGAGAGCAGCCCAGAUGGCAGUUACACAGAGGAGCAAAGUCAGGAGAGCGAGGUGAAGGUGCUGGCCCCGGAUUUUGAUGACGACUUUGACGAUGAGGAACCCCUCCCUGCCAUAGGGACUUGCAAAGCUCUCUACACGUUUGAAGGUCACAAUGAAGGAACCAUUUCUGUAGUUGAAGGAGAAACAUUGUUUGUCAUAGAGGAAGACAGAGGUGACGGGUGGACCCGCAUUCGGAGAAGCGAAGACGAAGAAGGUUACGUCCCCACCUCCUACGUCGAAGUCUAUUUGGACAAAAACGCCAAAGAUUCCUAAAGGUGGUGUGUGGAGCGAGAGCCUCGGGAGCCUUCAAGGAGAAGCCUCUGGGUCUGGCCUGCUGUCCCCGCAGGCCUGCUGCGCCCUGCUGCCGACAGACUGCUCCUGUGGCCAGUGGCAGCCCGCACAGCCGCCUGCCUCUUGCUCUCUCUUCCUUUCGCAGCAUGCUACUCAUGGCUUCCGCUCCGCCCGUGGCCCAGGCCGGCCACCCCGUGGGGGACAGUUCUCUCCCCACCUCCACCUGUGCAGGCCGUGAAGACAGCGGGACCCCAUGCCCACCCUGCCCUGCUCCUCCCGGGCCCUCAGUCCACCCGGGGCUCGUCCUGGCCCGUCCUUCUGCAUUUCACACUGUGCCUUUUGUGAAAACUUCACCCCUGGUCUCCUGGGGAGACUUAAGAAUCUGGACAAAGAGGGUCAGACGCACACCAGGUGGACUGAGCACCCAGCCGUCGUGACAUGAUUGUCACGGUGGAAACACUUCCACUGUGCCUGAGGCUGUGAAGUAGUCCCUGAGCCUUUUCUGGUUGUGGGCUCGCACCUCAUGCUAAGCACUGACUCUUUUCAGUGUUUUCUCAGCCUGACAGCGUCGUGGCACGCACUGGGGUUGCACACACCCACAUUGUUUGGAGCCCUGUCUCCAGUGGCCUGGGCAGUCACACUGGCUCGUGGGCCAGCCCUGCUGUCUUGCCUAUGUCCACCUUCCAUGAGGAACACCCCCCACCCCACAUUUCCCAGUCCAUGAGAACUGCAGAUCGUGGGUGCUUUCUGAAUGAGCAUCUCGCAUCUGCACUAGCUCAUUGCAAAGUGAAAAUUCCUCCUCUUUCCAUGAAUCCCAAAAGUAGCAUCUUAGGAUUUUAGUGCUUUCAUCACCAAAGACCCUGUGCCUCUUGUGGUCCUUCAAGUGAUCCUGUGGCCACAGCUUCUGCGUUUUGUCACGUGCUCUUCAGGCCAUGUGGAACUAAUCGAGUUUGCUUUUUGAGCUAAGUUUCCUUCCCCUUAUGGGUCUUUGAGGGAAAGCCAAGGUCACAUAGCCUGUAGCCAC